AUGCCUUCGGCUAUUAGCCCAGUAAUUCCCGCAGCUGCAAAAUUUGAUCGCAUGGCCUCCGAGGUCCAUAAUCUCGACCCGGAAGGCGAUGUGACGCUUAUCAUGACAAGAUAUCUCGAAUGGUCCCAACAGAAGUUUGACAUAGAUACCUAUACUCAAAUCGCUGUUCUGACUGACAAAUAUGACGUCCACGAAGCCGUUGAGAUUUUUGCAAACUCCUGGUUCGAGAAGCUCAAAGACGCCAUCCCCCAGGCAUACACGGAAGAUAUUCCAGGAUGGAUCUGUAUAUGCUGGAUAUUUAAUCGGCCCCAAGAAUUCAAACACGUAACCCGGCUCGCAUUACGCCAGGGCAAGCAGAAUCUCCCAUUAGGCGACCUUCCUAUUCCUGCAUCUGUUGCAGAUACAAUCGACUCCCAACGCAUCGACUCCAUAUCCCGCAUCGUUUCCAUCCUCCACGUCCAGCUUGCAGACUACCUCGAGAAAGAGCACUGCAGUUUCGAAUGCGAUUCACUUAUGCUUGGUGCCCUGACAAAGCGGUUGAGGGCGCUUCAUCUCUUUCCUAAUCGGCCAGACCCUCCAUUCACCGGCCUCUGCUUCGAACAAUUCGCGUACCGCUUUGGACACGGCCUUUACUUCCCUGCCGCCCAGCGAACAAGCACCUAUUAUUACGAGCAUGCCAAGUGCGCCAUUCCGUCUAUUGAACAAACGCUAACGACGUGUAAUAAUCAGCUGACGGGCUUAGAACUAAAUGAUUUCAAACCAUGA